GCGGCGCGGCGCGGGCCAGGCCCAGAGGCCCCGAACCCCGCCGCGAUGUCCAGCACCCGGCUCGUGCGCGCGCUCCUGGCGCUCCCGGCGCUCCUGGCCAUCCUGGCGGCCUUCCCGGAGGCGGAGGCGCGGGGCGUUCGGCCUCCACUGGGACAGGGACGCGACCCCGGAGGCGUCUCCUGCCAGGAUGAGGCGCUGUGCGUGCUGUGGCCCCCCAGGAACGUCUCUUCCUCGCCGCCGGUCAACGUCAGCCUGUACUACGAGUCUCUGUGCCCCGGCUGCCGGCUCUUCCUUGUCCGGGAGCUCCUGCCCACCUGGCUUCUGGUCAUGGAGAUCCUCAACAUCACGCUGGUGCCCUACGGGAACGCGCAGGAGAAGAACGUCAGCGGCCACUGGGAGUUUCAGUGUCAGCACGGGGAGCUGGAGUGUCGGCUGAACAAGGUGGAGGCCUGCCUGAUCAACCAGCUAGAACAGUACGAGGCCUUCAUGACCAUCGUGUGCAUGGAGCAGUCGGACCAGUUGGAGAAAAACCUGCAGCCGUGUCUGCAGCUGUACAGGCCGGACGUGGCCCCCGAGAAGAUUCUGGAAUGCGCCGAAGGAGCACAGGGAGAUGAGCUGCUGCAUCGAAACGCACAGCUCACGGGAGCCCUGAAGCCCCCCCACAAAUUUGUGCCCUGGGUGGUGGUCAACGGGAAGCCCCUCCAAGAUCCCGGCCAGCUCUUGAGCACUGUCUGCCACCUCUACCAGGGGGAGAAGCCUGAUGCCUGCCAACCCCCGACCACCAGCCGCCAGCAAGUUUGCUACACGUGACCUGAUUGGAGGGUGCGGAUGCGAGAAGGGAGCCCGGCUGGGCCCGGGUUCGAGACCCUGAGCUGCCUGGCAUCUGAGCCCCAUGCAGGCUUGACGGCAUGCACCCCACUUCCCAAACACCUGGCCUCCCCACCCCACUCCCGACGAUGCCGUGCAGCCCACAGAGCUGAAUAAA